UGAACUCGAGUCUCCAACAUGCCAAUAAUAUUCUAUAUAUACAUAUCAAAUCGUCUUCUCUGUGUAAAACCCAAAGGUAAAAAUUCUUGAUUGGCAACAUAUUCAUCUCCCAUUGAUAAUCUCUUGUCCUCUUUCUCCAUUUGAAAAAUUAGCUAGGCAGAUCUGCAUAAUUAUCAUAUAUCGAUGACAAAAUCCAUUACUAUUUUGCAAAGUUCUACAGGUAUGAACAAUGCCUGCAGGUCCCUUUGUAGGUCUAAUAGUCUCUCUUUAUACAGUACUAGUUUUGGCUUGAAAGUCUUGAAAGAACAGAAUCUCAAAUGCUUUGGAGGUCAACACGAUAGCUUGUCACUUCCAAGAAAAGGACUUUUAACUGGUCACAUAAUUAAGAGGAAGUUUGUGGUUUGCAACAAUGGUCAACCAGGAGUUCCCUUGCCUUCUCCACCAUCUUCAAAUCCCUUCAAUGGUUGGGUUAUUGGAAUCCUGUUAUCAGCAAUUUUACCAUUCUUCCGCUACAAAUGGGGUUCGUUAUUGCUUCUCAAAAAUAAAGUGGAAAAUAUAAUACAAACAGCAGAAGAGGUAGUAGAAAAUGUGGAGGAGUUGGCUGAGAAAGCAGACAAGCUGGCUGAAAACAUGGGGAAUGAUUUGCCAGCAGGCCAACUCAAAAAUGCUCUCAAAGCUGUCGAAAUUUUUUCAGACGAAGCAGCGAAGGUAGCUCGUGCAACUGAUGAUUUCAUCGAUAAGAUGCAGGACGACUACGAGGAGCGUAAAGCGGAUGGUUUAGCAAAAGAGCAACUCAAAGAUGCUGUUCAAAAUUUAUCAGAGAAAACAGCCAAGGUUGCUCAUGCAGCUGAAGAUUUGAAAGAUAACGUUUGAUUAAUUCUCUUAAUAAUAAUAAUAAUCUUAGUUAAUUAAAAAGCUUCCUAGCACACUUGAUUAUUAUUUCCCACGUUACCUUUUUAGAGUGCAAGUUUGAAUACUUGUUGAAUUAAUGUUGUAACAAAAAUGGAAUUCUAUAAAUCUGGUGGCAAUUAACUUA